AUGGUGCUAUCUAAGGCGGGUAGGGAGAUUAUGAUAAAGGCAGUGGCCCAAUCUCUCCCUACCUACGCGAUGAGUGUGUUUAAGUUCCCAUCUUCUUUUUGUGACGAAAUGCGCUCUUUGGUGUCUCAGUUUUGGUGGGGGCAAAAACAAGGGGAAAGGAAAAUCCAUUGGAUAGCAUGGAAAAAGUUAUGUCGACCCAAAGAGGAAGGAGGGUUGGGGUUCCGGGAUUUCAAGUUGUUCAAUUGGGCGUUGCUUGGUAAACAGGCGUGGCGGCUGUUGACGCAACCGGGCAGCCUCUUGGAGCAGAUUCUCAAAGCAGGUACUACCCCAAUUUGUCGUUAA